CUUUUGUUCGCUAUUUACUAAUUUUAUAUCUUGCAGAUGUCAGUUUGCAAUAAAAGGAACGAGUGCUGCAAUAAAGAGUCAUAAACCGGCGAUCGUAAUCGCUUCUUACAUAAUUUAAGUAUCAAGACUCGAGUUGUCAUUUGAAAUAAAAUUUUAAUACCAGAAGAUUCUAGGUUCGCUUUUAAGACGCAGGACGAGACUAAAAGAAGAAACAUAAAACGAAUAAGGACAAAAACAAGAAGAAGAAGAAGAAGUAUAAAAAAGUGGUGGUAGAUAUGAGAAUGCGAUCGGUACUUGGCCGUCAGAUGCUCACGCGAAGGUGACCGAGACCGGUUAUUGUUGCUGCUAUAUAGUCAGUAAGAUGUCAUUUGGAUAGUGAAUUUUACACUCAAAGGACUCAAGUGAUUUUCUUUUAAAUAAGCUUGUGCUUUUUUAAGUUCGUGGUUUAAAGAUUUUUUUUUUUUUUUAUUUAUUUAUGUGCAAACUUUUGGGAUUUUUUUCGACUGCUGAAUUUUCUGGAAAUUUUCAACCAUAAACCUCCAAGAUGUAUCAACGCUCAGUGCUAAUAAACCUUCCAAAAGCGCAAACAAUAGACAUAGAAUUCACAAACAUCUCCUACCAAGUCCGCACAGGUUUCCGCAGCCCCAAAAAGCCAAUCCUAAAAGGCGUAAGCGGCUGUUUCAAAUCCGGCGAAUUAACCGCCAUAAUGGGUCCCUCUGGCGCCGGAAAAUCCACCUUACUAAACGUCCUCACGGGUUUCCAAGGUUACGACGUCUCCGGAAGCAUCGAAUAUACAAGCGAAGACAACAAACAGGGCUGGAAUUUAUACCGCAAAGCGGCCUGCUACAUCCAGCAAGACGACCAAUUGCAUUCCCUAUUCACCACCAUAGAAUCCAUGACCAUGGCCGCUAACCUUAAAAUCGGCAGCAGUUUAAACGACAAAGCCAAGCAGAUGCUCAUCGACGACAUCCUGGAAACCCUGGACCUAACCAAAACCAAGGAGACCAGGUGCGACAGAUUGAGCGGCGGUCAACGGAAGAGACUCAGCAUCGCCUUGGAACUGAUCGACAAUCCCCCAAUUCUGUUCCUGGAUGAGCCCACAACUGGGUUGGACUCUUCCUCAACCCUCCAAUGCAUUGCAAUGCUAAAGAAUCUAGCCAGUGAUGGCAGAACUAUUGUUUGCACAAUUCACCAACCCAGUGCUGCCAUCUAUGAGAUGUUCGACCAUGUUUACCUCCUAGCGGACGGCCAUUGCAUGUACCAAGGCGCUCCUUCCAACACCAUAUCCUAUUUUGCAAACUCUGGGUUACAUUGUCCACAAUAUCACAAUCCUGCGGAUUAUAUGAUCGAAGUUGUAAGCAAAGAGUACGGAAACUUCAAUGAACAAUUGUCCUUGACCGCAAAAGGCACCCACUGCUGGAGAACUCCUUUGUUUGUCAAGCCAAUUUACGUUAAUGGGCUCCCCGCUAAUUCCUCAGUAGACUGCAAGAAAGCAACAGUCUUCAUAAAUCCUCCUUCUGAGCUAGCAAGGUUCUGGGUUUUGCUAAACCGCUGCAUCAUCCAGCUCUACCGCGACUGGACAGUCACCCAUUUGAAGAUCGUCCUCCAUUUCCUCGUUGCAGUAAUCCUGGGACUAGUCUUUGUAGAUGCUGGGUCAGAUGGAUCCAAGACUAUCAACAACGUCGGCUUUCUGCUCAUCACCUGCAUCUACCUCUGCUACACCAGCAUGCUUCCAGCAGUUCUGCGAUUCCCCACAGAACUGCCAAUCCUUAAAAAGGAAAAGUUCAACAAUUGGUACCAGCUAAGAACCUUCUACGCAGCGUUCUUAGCAGCGAACAUCCCGGUUCAGAUGAUCUUCGCGGUUGUCUAUACUACAGUGUCUUAUUUUUUGAGCAGGCAGCCGCUGGAUCUGAAUCGGUUCCUCAUGUUCCUGAUUGUGACCAUGAUGACCACUGUGGUGGCAGAAAGCAUUGGGUUACUGAUUGGGACUACGACUAAUCCGGUUAAUGGAACCUUCAUUGGCGCCAUCUUAACGGCGGUUCUGCUACUGUUCGCUGGGUUCCUGGUGUUCUUGAGACACAUGCCUAGGUUUAUGUAUUACUUUACUUAUUUAAGUUAUUUGAGGUACGCGUUACAGGGGCUGGUUCAGGCGAUUUAUGGGAAUAAUAGGGAGAAGCUGCCGUGUCCUUCUAGUGUGGAUUAUUGCCAUUAUAGGUCCCCUUCGAGUAUUCUUACGGAACUUGCUAUGGCUGAUGCGAUUUUUUGGGUGGAUAUGAUGAUUUUGAUGGGGUAUUUUGUCACUUUUAGGGUUAUUGGGUACUGCACGCUUAAAAAAAAAUUGUCAGGUGCGAUUUAAAUUAAAU